AUGUCGGAAUUAAUUUCACCGAAGACGAGCGAUGUUGCAUCAGUCGCGAUUUUUAAGAAAGUGCUCUCCGCGAUUGAUGACGGUUGUACUGUGGAAAUAAGAAAAAGCCUCCAGGAGCUUCUCCGGUUGGCCAAUGCUACAGAAACGAAAACCUGUAAAGAUGAGGAAUACUGGAGCAUAGUCGAAGCCAGUGCGAAUUCUCUGUUCGCGUGUAUACGCAAUUCGAAGUUUGCGCUUGAACUGAGGUCUUUCGCUGUGACUGUGCUGGUAAGCCUUUUAGUCCGCAUGGCGUCCAAAUCGUCCGUCGCUGCCGUUGUGUGUGAUCUCGUGGAACCGACCUUUACCGUGGUAGGAAUUCGAUUUGAGCUUCAAGAUGAUCCUCGCUGUGUCAACGUGCGAUCGGUGAAGGAAGCCAAAAAUCCUCCGAGGAAGUACCGAUUUGUGAUUCAUCAAGGUGUGAUUGGGAAAUGGAUUGUAAAGCUUGCGUCAGAUACGGUUGAAGAUGCUUUGGUUAUUGAAAGACUUUUCAACUCAGUUAAAAGUUUGGUGGCUACAUACCCGACACAAACAACAUUUCGGGUGCUCCUCCGUUGGGUUGAAAUUGCCGCUCCGAUUCUUCAGCGGCUGAUCGCUGAUUCUUCGUUGCGUAUGAAGUCUUUGAGCGAUCACAUGGAAUUCGUGUAUGAAGCUACCGUGAACUGCCUGGACAGUCCAUUUCCUGGAGUUCCUGAAGCAGCGAAAAGCAUUCUUGAGCUUUUGUUUAAGUACAACGGCGAUUGGGUUCACAUUCGGGAUGUCAAGCAACAUUUGUUUGAAUCGUACAAUUGGCCAUCGUGGCGGAAUCGUGACGGUUUGCUACUGCUAGCUCAAAUGUUAUUACAUCUGCCCGUUUCUGAGACCUUGGAAAGGUUACCACAGGUCGGCAAAGUGCUUAUUCAAUGUUCCGAAAUGGGCGUCCUUGCAUCUGCCGCUUACGAAGUGUAUCUUACAAUUCUUCAACGGUUCAGUCUGGAGCAAUGGAUUUUUCUCUUCGAGGAGGAUUUCACUGAAGCACUGAGUCGGGAGCGCCCAGUGGAAGCUUUAAUUACGUCCUGGCUUGCACCAACUCUGCAGCGCUUUGCAUUGAACGACGGCUUGGAGCAUUUUCUGAAUCAAUUUUCGAAUCGACGCACGACGACUGGAAUCCGAAUGUCAUUAUUGAUCCGACGGCGAAUGAUCGGAAUGGGAUAUCAGUUCGAACGUUUUCUCGUGCCUUAUGCAGUGAGCCAUCUAGAAAGCGAAAUUUUAGAGUUGCGCCUGGAAGCAUUUGAGGUUCUGUGCGAGCCGUUUCGAUCCGCUAAGAGUUCUCUGCCCUCUGCAAGGAAUUUGAGACUAAUGAAGAAGUUCAUCGAGGAUAAUAUUUAUGUUGAUGAUUCGAGCUUCCGAAGUGGUUUUAUCAAAACGUGUGGGAAAUUAUUUGCAAGACUUCGUUGCGCUAUGGAAAAGCUAGCCUGUGGAUCGGAUGUUUUGACGGAUCAGCCAGCGUUUAUCGAAGCAGUGGAGUUACUCAACACCGUGAUUGCCUUGUUCAAAAGCGAGUGUCACGCCGCUGCGUGGUAUUCGCGGAGAAUCACGUCCAUCAGCCUUGUGGAUAUUUUACUCAAAACUUUACUGCCAGAAAAGCAGUUCCUCAUCAAAGGAAUCAAUAGUGGUGCUGCAGGGAGAGAAAAAGUGUUAGCGGGCGUGGAGUCUCUGGGAUAUUCGUGGCAUUUUGCAGAUGACGUCGAAUUACGGGCUGCCUUAUUGAGAAGUGUUGCUGACCCUUGUCGAGACGUCAGUUCCAUCGGAGCAAAUCUUAUCCAGGAUUAUUUUACUUUUGAAAAAGAAGAUUUGAAGGAAAUUUUGGAUACGUGUCGAAGACGGUUGGAAAACUCGAGGCAUACCGUGAAGCCGGAAUGUUCUCGGCUUAUUGCCUGCGUUUUGCGGAAAAUGAGUGAUGAAAAAAAUGAAGCUACUGCUCCAGAUUUGAAGAACUAUCUGAUCGACGCCAUCAACCAACUUCGAGAUGAUUUUGCGGAAGCGGGAAAAAGCGAAACUGGAGUUAUCUUUAAUUCAGGAAGCCUCGUGUAUCUUCGAGCUGCCUUACCAUGGUUGAUAGAUCACCUGAACGGGGAUUCAGCAAAGGUCUUGAUGUCGGAGCUGCUUUCUGUGAAUAGAUUCUUUCUCAAACUGAUAGAUCCAGAUGCUGGAGACAAUGACGGAAUAAAUUGUCCAUCGUUUCCUGAGCUACGUGCUUCCGUUGUUGGCCUGAGCGCUAAUUGCUGCACAGAAAUGCUUGAUGAGGAAGAUCUUAGUUCUUCAGUGUAUAUGGAGACUCCGAAGUUUUUCAUUUUUCAUCUCUGGAAUACGUUCGAGCUGGCUCUUCUUUUCUUGGGCGAAUAUGUGUCCCUCAUGUUUUCAAGAGAUCUUCUACCAGAAGAUUAUUAUCCGGAAGUUUUCAGCUUGAUUCGCCUUGUGAUGUUGAGCAUUCGCCACAAAGGAAUUAUAGACGCAGCGUCGUCAUCGAUUUCUAUGAUGAUUACUUCGUUGUUCAAACACAUCGACGAAGAAAAGCAAGCCUUCCUGCAAGGUUUUGUGGAUGAAUCUUUGAGAAUGAUCCCACUUUUCAGCAGCAAUAUUUCAUCGUCUCGCAGAGGCGCCGGAUUUCCCCCGUUUUUUCGAAGCAUCGCGAAAAGCGAACCUCUGAGUUUCAAAGGUUCCUUGUGCUUUCAAAUAAUCAAGUUUGCCUGUAGUGUUGAACCUGACUCAGAGGGUUGUGAAAACAGCGACUCGCCGGAAAGCAUUGUGUUGUUUGUUCUGCAAGCUUUGGUUGAGGACUCAAGAUUGAGCAUUCCCGUGCGAAUGUCGAUUUCGGUUAUUUUCGCGAAGUGCAAUGAUGGCCUGUAUUCAUCAGAUUGGAAAAUCAGGAACGCUGCAUUAUGUCUUCUGGCGUCUUUAACGAAGAAAAUCUUCGUUAUCGCCAAGCCCGCUGAGUCAUUGGAUUCGCAGGAUUCAAGCGUCGCAUGGGGCGGAAUGGGAUUUUUAGACUUCAGCCAGAAAUAUCCCUCUAUUUGUGAUGCAAUCGUGAGGCGUUUGGUAGAAGCUAGUCAGGCCGACGAACAUAUUCAUCAGCGUCACGUUAUGAUCUUACCAAUACUGUGCUUCUGGAAAAACCUGAACGACGUAAGCUCGUUGCAUCCCAGUGCAAAGCGCGGAAACGGUUUCGUGGAUGCUAUUAAUGCCUUGGAAAAGCUGUUGUCGAGCCCGGUGGAAGCUGUGCGACGACUUGCUGCCUUGUGCUUAGUUAGAACUAGCUCAAUCCACGAAUUGCUCCAAGCCCUACCGAAAAUGAGUAGACAGUGGCGAACUUGUGCCUCGCGGAAUGAAUACCAUGGCUUGUUGUUGUGGUUGAUGUUCCUGGUUGAGAUUUUGCCAGUUGAAGCUAGCACGUCUAAGGCGAUGGAUGCGCUCGAGUUGUUUUGUUCGAACGACCAUUUUCUCUCGAACAAGAAUGUGGAUGAUUUUGUGGGUGUCCCGGAAAUGAAGCGCAUCAAAGAAAUCGUGAAAAGGAAGGAAUUAUAUGGAGCAAGAAAAGGAGAAGUAAAAAUGAGCCUGGUACAGUUGUUGAGUGGUUUGUCGACAGAAGAGCUUGCGCUGUCCACUUCCGAUCCUGAUGAUGAUUAUCGAUCAGUGUUCGGAGGUUUUGGUCUUGCCAGAGAUGGAUUAAAUAGUCACUGCCGAGAGAAGGUGAUGAUGAAAAUUUUUCGCAUCGUGGCUGGCUCCUUGCCGAAUGCGGAUAUCCGCGAGACGAUCGCAGAGGCGAUGGCCAAUUCUUUCUGCGAACGAAGCGAUGUAUUGCAGGCUAUGCUGGAACCGAAAUACGAGUUGACCGUCUUACCGAAACAACGAUGUCACUAUGUAAAAUGGUCUUCUGUGCUAGAAGAAACUGAAGUUCAUGCUAAUUCGGAUUGGCCAUCUGCCUAUCAUGGAGCCGUGGGCAUGUUGCAAGCGUCGAUAGCGGCCGGAGCGGGUCAGCGAAGGCUCGACUUGAUUCGUCGUGUAAUUGCGAUGAGCACUGAUCGUGAUUGUAUCACACGAAUCAGUGCUGUGAAAAUGAUGAGAUUAUACGGAGUAAGAAGCUUGAUUUUCGAUGCUUACGAAUGGCGCCCGCUUUUAGUGGACCUGUGUUGGACUCUGCUCUGCUUUUUGUGCGACGAGAACCAGUAUGUUAGAUGUGAGGCUGCCAGGGAAUGUGUCGACUUGAUGGACAUCAGAUCGUCGUUUUCAUCUGGAAUCAGUCAUGCGGGAACUGCUUUGGACGACCUGGCGUAUUUCUUAUCGUUACGAAUCAGUGCGUCCGAAAGACUGCAUUGGGUGUGGAAUCAUAUCGUGAAUCCCGGAGCGGUCACUCGCCACUUGUCCUGCUUUUUCGGCUCCCAGACUGAAGAGAAAUGCUACGAAGUGUGGAAAGUGGACCAGUGUUUGUACAAAAUCGGCCUGGAAGCCGUGUCCGAGUUGACGCUUGCGGAUUGCAUGGCAUUUUUUAGCCAAGUUUUUGACGGUGACGUUGAGGGUAAUGAUUACGUGAUGAGUGAUGUGAUGUUGUCACCGGAGGCUGUGAUUUGUAACUUGCGCGCCAAAUAUCGUUACGAGCUGAUGUCAAAACUCAGAGAAAUGCUUUCUGUUGAAAAUCUUCAGCGGAUCGGGUUGAAAUGAUUCAGCGCUUAUGCAUCGCUGUGUGAGACGGGUUUGCUCGAAGAUGAGUCCCUUUGCCUGGAGAGGUUCGAUUUAUUGAAAUUUUAAGAUCUUUCGUUGGAAAACUUUGCCCAGAUCGAAUGGGAAAGGAAACCUGAAACGAGUUACAAAAAAUUUGUCUCUGAGAAGCAAUCAAGUACAGUAUUGGAUAGUUCGAAACAGUGGUUCCCAACCUAUGCCUUCACGGACUCCAUUGUCCCUCCAAAAAAUUAGGACAUUUUUAAAAAUAUAAAUAAAACAUAUCCACAGUUCUGUGUGAGAUUUUAAUAAAUGCGUGAAGAAGGUGGGAACACGACGUAGGGCUCACGAAAAUUACUGUGGUUGUAACUUAUGGAGAGAUUAUUACGCCUGAUAAAUGUUGAUUCUAGAAGGAGCUUUGGGAGUUGAAAAGGUUGGGAACCACUCUUUUGAAUGGUAAUGUUUUGUACUCUGAAUUGUCUUUCGGAAUUGUUUUCAUAUUUUGCCUGCAGUUUUUUUUCGUCCACACAAAUUGCACUAUUGUUCCCCAUGUGUCGAAAUUAUGAGCACAUCACAUGAACCGUUAUACUAUAAAGUUGUAAUUUCAGGGUUAAUUCACGAUUUUUACGUGGAAAAAAUAACGGAAAUCGAUUUUGGAAAAAAAUAAAUAUUUUGAACCAUUCAAGCAUUUCAGCCUUCUGACAUCAGUCGUAGAGUUUUUUAGAAUUGUCGGGACAUUCAGGAAAUUCAAGGUAGCAGUCGUAACCUUCCCUACCAGCUUUCCCGCCUUCAGUCGCGUCGUCGUAGAUUUUCCCGGAAGCACCCGUGAGGGACGAAAUGAUGAAUUCGCUGCAAUGAGAAGUCGAAUCAAGUUUUAAUGAGAAACCUCUUGUUAAUUCUUUAGCGGUAAAUAUACAAAACUUUUUUUCCCCAGCUUGAAAACUUUUCAACUAGUGCAUUUAAUUUUCCGUUAAAUCUUUUCUUGAUUUCAGAAUAUGCAGAUUAUACAGUAGAAUGAAUUAUCCCCGAUUUCUGAGGGGUCGUUACUCAAGGAGAUUUUUACGGCUUUCUACGAAAGUUUUUAGCAUUUCAGUGAAUCCAUAGUUUUACAUACCUUCCCAAGGUGCCAAGCACGUGACCAGCCAAUCCGAAGCGGUGAACUAUCUCCUGGUUGGCUUCGCAGAUGGUUCUUUUCACGCAGUCGGGGUGAGCGUCAAACGUUUGAGCGUAUUUUACCUGUAAUGAAACAUACCGUAUAUUUAUAUGCACCUUGCGAAUUACGGAAUUCAUGAAUAGCAGUCAUGGUUUCAGCGCAGAAAUGAAAUGUGUGCCUUAUUAAUUUAUGUUUCUCCAUGAAUUGAAAAUGCCUCUUCAAUUGCAACUCUAGAAGAGAAUGAAUUCGCGAUGUUGAUGCGUGCAAUUUUUUCCCAGAAUUUUGUCGAGGAAAAAAAGUUUUGAGAAUUAUACGAGAAUCUGCCCCCUUUU